AUGCUGAGGAGAUCAUCUGGGUCGGCCGCAGAGGAAGAAGGCGACGAUUCAAUAGCGAAUGCCGACAUAAUUGAAGGACCGGGGUUUACAGGUCGCUCUAGAAGCGAAGUAUCGAUAUCGAAUAGGGAUUCCCAGAAUUUCCAAUCAACUUCACGACAAAGCACUCCGCAACAUACUCAAUCCGAAUUAGAUCGUCGGAAAAGUUGCGACAAAAGGCCUUUGGCUGCCAGGAGUCGACGCCCCAGCAAUACAAAUUGGAAACCAACUGAAUCGCGCAAUGGACAUAUAGAUAAGGGUCAACCCAACGAAACGGCUGUAAUUAGUGUUACCUCGAAAGGGGCUAUUGAGGUAGAUAAGAUGGCAGACUCUAGACAAACUCCACGACGGUCGAGGUUACGAAGUCCUUGGUCUUUUACACCAUUGACCUUCGCUACAACAGUUAUAGCCUUACUUACUUUGGCGUCUAUCAUACAUUCAUUUACCACGCGGCAAUUAGAUAACAAAGGAUGUCGAAUGUCAUAUAUGAGGCCUUCUUUUGCGAAGUUAUCGGAUUUCGAUACCGAGCAUACCCGUUUCGCAAGCAAAUAUUCAGUUUAUCUAUAUAGGGAAGGAAUGGUGGAUGAGGAUACCAAGGUUAGAGGUGUUCCCGUUUUGUUCAUACCUGGAAAUGCUGGAAGUUAUAAGCAAGUUCGACCAAUUGCGGCAGAGGCAGCAACAUACUUUCACGAUGUUUUACAGCACGAUUCUGCAGCGAUCAAUGCCGGAGCACGGAACCUGGACUUUUUUACUGUCGAUUUUAACGAGGAUAUAACGGCCUUCCAUGGGCAGACAAUGUUGGACCAGGCAGAAUACUUGAAUGAAGCGAUUGCAUAUAUAUUAUCUUUGUACCAUGAUCCUCGAAGAUCGCAACGAGACCCGGAGCUUCCAGAUCCAACUUCCGUUAUCAUAUUGGGGCACUCGAUGGGUGGGAUUGUAGCUCGUACAAUGUUAAUCAUGCCGAACUAUCAGUCGAAUUCCAUUAAUACAAUUAUUACAAUGUCAGCUCCACACGCUCGACCCCCUGUUUCCUUCGAUGCGGAGAUUGUCAAAACUUACAAGCAGAUCAACGACUACUGGCGUCAAGCUUACUCACAGAAAUGGGCAAACAAUAAUCCUCUAUGGCACGUUACUUUGUUAUCCAUAGCUGGAGGUGGACUCGAUACUGUGGUUCCGUCAGAUUAUGCCAGUCUGGAAUCUCUGGUGCCAGAUACACAUGGGUUUACCGUUUUCACUUCAUCUGUGCCAAACGUAUGGACCGGUAUGGACCAUCAAGCUAUUCUAUGGUGCGAUCAGUUCAGGAAAGUUGUCGUCAGAUCUUUAUACGAAGUUGUUGAUGUAAACCGGCCUGCACAAACGAAACCUCGAGCAGAUAGAAUGAGAAUCUUCAAAAAAUGGUACUUGACAGGAAUGGAAAGCCUCGCAGAAAAGACCCUUUCCCACAAGGACCCCACGACUUUGCUUACUUUGGAAGACGACUCGCACGCAAUAAUCCCCCAAGGAGAAAGAUUAACCUUACGAAAAUUUGGGGAGUCGAGGAAACCAAAAGCGCAUUUGCUCCCGAUUCCUCCCCAAGGGACACCAGGUGGAAAACGAUUCACACUUCUCACCGAUCAAAAGUUCGAUAGACCUGGGGACAAUGGGAAGUUGGAGGUUCUUUUCUGCAGUGUUUUCCCUCUGCAUCCAGGUCAAUCAGCGACACUAUUUUCUAUGAAUAUGGAUCUGUCUGGGGAUAGCUCUGGAUCUACGAGAUUAGCUUGUAAAAAUGCUGCAAGCGACGUUAUUCCUUUACCAGCAUCCACCAGAACAUCGAAGAUGCCUUUCUAUCUGGACGACGAGGAAGAAAUAAAGCCAUUUUCUUACUUACAAUACGAUUUGGAGGAUAUCAUUGACCACCAAUUUGUUGCUAUCGUCGAUAAAGCAGUUGAGUCAACUCCUGGAUGGGUGAUUGCCGAGUUUAGUGAUAAUGUUCAGUCGCACCGAAUCAGAUCUCUGAGUCUCCGACGUCUCUUGGCUUUCGGUAUGAAAAUGAGGCUUCCACCAAACAGGCCUAUGGUUGCGGAGGUCAAAAUACCCGCCGUGCACUCCAGUUUAUUGGCCUACAACUUGGAAAUGGGCAAUCAAGUCUGUGGGGAGGAAUCGGAACUGUUCACCCCGCUUUUACGUCAAUAUAUUUCGGAGCCUUACGAAUCCAAAUACUUUGUAAAUGUGAAGCAAGCAACCAUCAAUAUCCAUGGGGUCUCUCCAUUCAUGCCUCCUGCACUUAAAUACAAAGCCAUUCAAGAUGGGUUGAGCCUUCAGUUCUGGACUGAUCCGACGUGCAAUUCGAGCAUCAAAAUCUCCCUGAGUGUCGAUGUUCCAGGCAGUUUAGGGAAGUUGUAUAUGCGCUAUCGAACGGUUUUUGCGGCAUUCCCCUUACUGGUUGUUGCCCUUGUGAUGAGAAAGCAAUUUCGAAUGUAUGACGAGACGGGAAUUUUCAUUUCUUUCAGCGAAAGUCUGGACUUGUGUUUACGACAGUCUUUACCUUUGGUGUUGUUAGCUCUUACAUGCCUAUCGGUGUCAUUCUCCCAAGCAAGUACGGCACCGCCUCAAGGAGCUCCCACGGGCUUUUUGGGAUGGGGAAGGAAUGCAUCGGAAACUGUCAUUGACUAUACUAAGAACGAUUUACUUGUGGGCUCACAAGACCCUUUCUUCUGGUUUAUGGUUCCUCUGAUUGGGCUGGUUUGUAUUGGUGUAUGCGUAAUGAUCAAUUAUGCCACAUUGGCCAUUACUCACAUUUUGAGCGUACUCUAUGGCUGGAUGAGUGUUAAGCCGGCGUGGUUGCGAAACGAAGAUAGAAAGAGAGCAUCAUCUCCAGCAUUCGCACCAUCUUCUCCACGUCGACGAGUAUUCACGACUGGCGUAUUGUUAUUCUUAGUGUCUACAGUCAUUCCAUACCAGUUCGCAUAUCUGGUGGCAUGCCUGGUACAGAUAGCCACUUGUACAAGGGCCCUACGAUUUGCCAGGGAAGCACGUUCUAACACGAAUUACAACUUCUACAAUUAUGUCCACUCGAUACUUGUCCUUAUGCUAUGGAUCCUGCCAAUCAACCUCCCAAUACUCGUUGUGUGGAUUCAUAACUUGGCUGUGCAUUGGUUGACGCCCUUCUCUUCUCAUCACAACGUCCUCUCCAUCAUGCCCUUCAUUCUCUUGGUGGAAACAUUAACGAGUGGAAAGAUGGUCCCUCGUGUUACAUCGCGUGUUCGCCACGUUACCAGCGUUCUGCUCUUCGGUAUCGCGAUCUAUGCUGCAGUAUAUGGAGUGACUUAUGCCUACAUGCUUCACUAUCUAGUCAACUUGGUAGCUGCAUGGCUCGUCGCUAUUCAUUCUUCAACCUCAAACUGGACACUUGCGGGAGUAACGACUAUAUUCGAUCCCGAGAGCAAUGAGAAUACUCGUAAGCGUGGUAAGACACCUUGA